AUGCUAACCCAGGAUUAUAGAGUUGAGGACGCAAGCCCGACUGCUGUCAUCGAUCGACUUGCCCGAAUAGAAUCAUUACUCGAACAUCAAAGCCAUCAAAUCAACCAACUCAACACCCAUUCUAGUCCCAUACCAUAUCCAACCAGUCAGGCCGACUUCUUCUCUACGUACCAACAGCAACCGGACUGCCUGCCGUCAACAUCAGCCGGAAUAGAUCCUCAACUCGAUUCUCCGCAGUUUCUAAUCCCUAAAGGUCAUGCUACUCUACCAUGCGCACUUUUGGCGUGGCCCAUGGUCCGUGACUUACUCGGGGGGUACCCCAGGGACUAUUUCUUCGAGCUCGAGGAGAAACUGCCACUCCCCGGACUCUUAGGGAGACUCUAUGACAUUCCGUUAGUUUGGCCUUCGCUUGAUACCGAUGUCCUCGCCGCGGCAGCCGAGAGUUACUUCAAGAACGUUCACCCUCACCACCCGCUAUUUUCGUCGAGCACGUUCGAAUCAUGGCAGGCCCACCUCUUCCACGAGAAGAACAUGGAGGAGAUCGAAACCGCCAUAUGCUUUUGCGUCUACGCGCUAGGCACGAUCUGCUCGGACCAGGAAGGAAACCACGAGAGUAACGAAGCACUUGGCCUCCAUUUCUUCCAGCCGGCAUUGCGAAUCAUGCUCCAUAAACUACUGUGGGAUUUUCGACCAAGCAUUCACGUUUCACAGGCUUUGUUACUCGCUGCUUCGUACUUUGCCCACCUAGGGAGACCUCUUCAUAGUUGGAAGAUGGCGCAGUUCUCGGCGAGAAUAGUGCUUAAUAUUAUCGAGGGCCGGAAAUAUAAUUUAUACAGUGCUGAAUUCGAGGAGGCAGAGUUAAGAGCCUUCUGGCAGUGCUUUACGGUGGAAUGCGAUCGAAUCGCCGAACUCGACGUCCCGAGGAGCGGAAUCGAGCCGCUAGGAGACCGAAUACGCCACCCGCACAGCACCGACCCCGCCGACAACGAAAACACAAUCUACUUCAUCGCCGAGCACGCCAUCCGGCGCCUCCUGAACCGAAUACACAACUCCCUUUACGGGCCAGAAACAGAGAGCGGCGGCCAGAUGAGCCUAGACUCCGGCUUCCCCUUGGGCCCCGCCGAGACCUGGCAGAGUCUCGGCAUCCAGAAACUACUGGCUCUCACCACGGAACUCAACCGACAGCUGGAGGAAUGGUACACCUCCACGCCGGACUACCUACGGCCCCGCAAGGGGACAGAGCCCCUCCCGAACGACCGCGCGCGCGUGCUGCGCCUGCGCUACUACGCCGCGCGCCACAUCAUCCACCGGCCCUUCGUGCUCCAGAUAGUCUCGCGGCAGCAAGGCUCGCAAUCGCAGUCUCCGUCGAGCGCCUGCAUGCGGAGCCCGGCCGCCGACGCGUACAGCGACUCGCCGGUGGUGCUGGAGAGGUGCAGGACGUGCAUCGAGUCGUGCGUGACGUACCUGUACAACGCGGCGGAGAUGAUCGCCAAGCGCUCGCCGUACCUGUGGACGUUCUCGCAGAGCUGCAUGGCGUGCCUGCUGGUCGUGUGGAUGGCGGAUAACACGCUGGCGUUGAGGCCCUACGUGCCGCCGAUGCAGUCGCUGCAGGGGCUGAUAUUGGCGCGGCUGCAGAGGUGGGCGGUCAGGGAUUCGACGUUUGCGGCGGAGGUACGCAUUAUUGAGCAGCUGGAGUUUUCGGAUGUGAUGGAAAGGUAAAAAAAAAAAGGGGGGGG